UUUACGUCGCCCGUCGCUGCUGACGUGGACCGGAAAAAAUGCCGGAAGUAGUUGUGCGCUGCUUAAAGCCGCUAUCUGUUCCUUUUUAAAACCUCCCUAAAGUCUUCAUGUGUCCGAAGCAUCAUGAAACAGUAAGACUGUCAGCGACCUGCGUGAUGAAGUGACGACGGGAAUUGAACUCACAACCACUCCAGCACAGGCACGUGUAUGAAGAACUGGACCUUGCGAGACAACAAUGGGCAAACGGAAGGUACCAGAUCUCUACAGAGCCCCCUUUCCUCUCUACUCCAUUAAAGUGGACCCCAAAACCGGGCUGGUGAUCUUGGCAGGAGGAGGAGGGGCUUCCAAGACUGGCAUCAAGAAUGCUGUGCACUUCCUGGAGGUGCAGCUGCUCGGGGAGAACCAGCACAGUGCCAGCCUGCUUCACUCCCACGACACGGACACCCGCGCCACCAUGAACCUGGCCCUGGGCGACGGCGUGAUUGCGGCGGGGCAGGACGGACGCUGCGCUCUGAUGAAGUUUGACUCCGCGCAGAAGGGUGCGAGCAGCCUUGCUGCUAAUGAAGUGAACAACAUGCCGCAAGGCGGUGCCAGGCAACGAGCCGGCAGAAAGAGCAAAGGUGCUCAGGCCGACGAGGAUACGUCACAUACGAAAGAUGAGACGCCACACAUAUCUGUGACAGGGAUAACUGAACUGCAGUCAGACGAGAACCCUCAGGACCCCCUCCAAAAGGUGGUCCGAUUUAGUCCCGACCUGAGCCUGCUCCUCACUGGAGGCACAGACGGACACAUCAGAGUCUGGGAGUUUCCAUCCCUGAAGAAAAAACUGGACUUCCAAGCACACAAAGGGGAAAUAGAAGACCUGGAUGUUAGCCAAGAAAACAAGCACCUGGUGACGGUUGGCAGAGACUUUGCUUGCAGCGUGUGGAGCAACAACCAACUGCUCACCACUCUUAAGUGGCAUCAAACCAUGCCUCAAAUGGCUGAAAAGACCUACCGCUAUAUGGCUUGCAGGUUUGGCAAGGUAGAAGACCAAAAAGAUGCUCUGAGGCUUUACACGGUUCAGAUCCCCCAUAAGCGAGAGCGCAAACCUCCACCUUGCUACCUGACCAAGUGGGACGGCAAGAGCUUCCUGCCAAUGCUGACUGCUCCCUGCGGGGCUGAGGUCAUCUCCAGCCUGGCCAUCAGUGACUCAGGAACAUUUCUUGGACUUGGAACUGUGACAGGAUCGGUGGCAAUCUACAUCGCUUUCUCCCUUCAGAGGUUAUACUACGUGCACGAGUCCCAUGGCAUCGUGGUGACAGACCUGGCCUUCCUUCCCGACACCUUGAAAGGCUGCGAUAUGAGAGGCAAGAUAGAAACGGCCAUGUUCAGCGUUGCUGUGGACAGUCGCUGUCAACUCCACGCUGUUCCUAACCCCAGAACAUUUCCCAUCUGGCUGGUCUUCUUGGUCUGUGGCCUGCUGGUGGUGGGGAUAGUUCUGCUUCUUCAGCACUUCUUCCCGGGGCUCUUUUAAGUCAUCUUGGAUCUACCAACACAUCUCAGGUUGGUUCGUCUCCCAAACCAGGAUCGGACUUCUUUGGAACCAUUUGGAGACGUGUUUGCUCCUGGAAUCAUGAACGUUCCAAGUGUGGGAGUCUUGCACUCAAUUUAUGUAGGAACAAUGUAGCAUAAUGAUGUCACUUGCAGUGAAGUGGUCUGCACCAAAUUUAAAAAAAAAUCCUGUGAAGCUCAUGAAUUUGUACAUUUUACAGUCUGUUUCUAAAGUUUUCUGUUUGAGUGGAAUCAUAUUGAUGUGAGAGCAGAGGUGAGGCACCGAGUCUAUGGUGGACCAUCCUGGUCUCUUGUCUUGGCUUUUCAUCCAAAACUUGUCCCUCCUGGUUUGUGCGUACACAAGCCUCCAUAAGACGAGAGCCCAGGUCAAGGCGAGCAGGCAAAAUAAAUAUCUUCUCUUUA